CGAAGAUGGAGUCCAGCAGUGCCAAUGAAACCAAAUUGCUGCUGCAACAGUCCAAGUUGGAUCUCAAAGAGGCUGCAAAUCAAAAGGCCGAACUUGAGAACAAGCUUUCAGCAAGCGAGGACGCGAUCGAAGAGCUGAAGGAUAUGGUGGACCGCCUGGAGGAGGAUCUGGCGGCUGCUUCGGAGGCCCGAUCAGCUGCGCUGGAGGAGACUUCUGCAUUGAAGGCUGAUUUGGAGAAGGCCCAGGAAGAGAAGGAGGUUACAAAGCAAAUGCUUGAGGAAGCGAAGAUGGAGUCCAGCAGUGCCAAUGAAACCAAAUUGCUGCUGCAACAGUCCAAGUUGGAUCUCAAAGAGGCUGCAAAUCAAAAGGCCGAACUUGAGAACAAGCUUUCAGCAAGCGAGGACGCGAUCGAAGAGCUGAAGGAUAUGGUGGACCGCCUGGAGGAGGAUCUGGCGGCUGCUUCGGAGGCCCGAUCAGCUGCGCUGGAGGAGACUUCUGCAUUGAAGGCUGAUUUGGAGAAUGCCCAGGAAGUGAAGGAGUCAAAGUCGGAGGUAUUUGGUUUGCUUGAGUCAGCUCUGAGGGAUAGCGAUUUGAUAGAGAAGACACUACCAUCUCUCAAUAUUGCUGCAGAUGAUUUCGAUGAUUCUUCUGAAGAAUUCACUUCAACUGAUGGAGAUGAAGCAUCAACUCCUCACCCUGAAAAUUCAUCGGAAAUGCAGCAUGUAUUGUAUGACCCUUCUCGUGAUUUUCGUCAAAAGAUUGCAAGGUUGGAGAAAGCGCUUGAAGAUUCUCUUGCCGCUCAAAUGGAUCUUGAGGAUCAGUAUGAUUUGUUGGAAGGAGAGAAAUUGUUCAUUGAGGAGAAAAAUUAUUGCUUAAAGGUUGCUGUCGAUAAGCUAAAAAAUAAAUUGGAGGAGGAAACUGUUGCAAAAGAAGCAGCAAUGGAAGAACAAGCAUUACUACAAAGACAUCAAGAUUUGGCAGUUUUUCCAAUGGAGGGAUCAGCAAACAAGCAAACAGUCUCUUAUCCUUCUUCUGAAGAUUCUGAAAAAAUUGAGAGAAUGGAAAAGGCACUUGAAGAUUCUGUUGCGGCUCACAUGGUUCUUGAAGACCAGUUUGAUGCCUUGGAAGAAGAGAAAUUAUCAAUUGAGGAAAGCAAUGAUGAAUUGAAAGAUGCUGUUGAAAGUCUAAAAAAUCUUUUGGUGGAGGAAACAAGUGCAAAAGAAGCAGCAAUCAAAGAAAAUGCAUUGCUACAAAGCAGUUUAGAAUCUGUUGUUCUUGAAAUGGAGGGAUCAGCAAACCAGCAACCAGUCUCUGAGCCUUCUUCUGAAGUUCUCCAAAAAAUUGAGAGAAUGGAGAAGGCACUUGAAGAUUCCGUGGCAGCUCACAUGGAUCUGGAAGACCAGUUUGAUGCUUUGGAAGAUGAAAAGUCAUCAAUUGAGGAGAGCAAUAUCAAAUUGAAGGUUGCGAUUGAUGAUCUGAUGAAUCAUUUAGUAGUUGAAACUGCUGCAAAAGAAGCAGCAAUGAAGGAACAAUCACAACUUCAUAGCCAUCUUGAAUCAUCACUGGAGGGUGCUGAAACUAUGAAACAAGAGCUGGAGCAAAUGACAACUGAUAUGGAAGAGGAAUUACAAGAAGUCCAAUCUGAGCUUAGGCGCUCAAAGGCAUCAGGAGCUGCAUUGGAGGAACAGCUGUUGGCAGCAGAAAAAGAGCUUCAAGUAACACAAACCAUGUUGAAAGAUACAGAGACAAAAACAGUUCAGCUACAGCAACAGUUCAUAUCCUUAGCCGAACAGAAUGCGUCCACAGAGGGAAAAAAUAGCAAGCUCAAAGAAAUCUUAGAUGAUUUAGAGAAGCAGGUUGUGGAAGAAUCUGAAGCUAGGAAGUUAGCAAAGGAAGAGACUAUAAAAGUACAAACGCAAUUGCAAAAUGCCAAUAGAGCGCUCGAUGAAGCCAUUGAUGAGAAGCGUACUAUUGAACGACAUGCAGAAAUCAAUUGGGACAAAAUGCAAACAAAAACGCAGGAAGCCCAAUCUGCGUUAGGAAGUGCAAAGGCAUUAAAAGAGCAGUACACUGCAUUGGAACAAGAGAAGGCAAAAAUUGACACAAAUAAUGCAACUUUGACCUGUCUGGUGGACGAACUAAGGCAACAGUUGGCACAAGAAGACAGUGCAACAAAGAGAAUGCUUAACGAAAUAUCCGAGCUCAAGGCAAGCCUUGAAGCAGCUUUGGGUGAAACCCAGGCCAUCAAGCAGCAAUUGGAAGGACCAAUUGAUGUCCAGGCACAGUUGCAAGAAGAUGUGACUGAGUCAAUGCAGCAAAUGGAAGAGGAACAAACAGAAAUUGAGUUGGUGGGUAGAAAUGACGAGGCACACACCUCUGAUCAAGCUGAAAUUGAUCGCUUGAAAAAUGAUUUGGAUGCCGCACAUGGGCUGAUCGCAGAGCAGUCAUCACAAAUAGAAGGAUAUUCAAAGAUAGAGGACCAAACAACAAAUGUGGUGGAGUUGAAAGAGCAGCUUACACUUUUGUCAGAUGCAAAAGAUACAGCUCUGUCAGAAAUUGCUGCUCUUAAGGACAGCUUGGAAAAUGCUGAGGUGAAGGAGUCAAACCUAUUGGAUGAGCUUUCAGAAUUGAAAAGGAAAGUGGGCCAGCUUACUUUUGAUCUACAAGAGAAGGAGGCUUCUUUGAGAGUCAAAGGCAAUCAGGUUCAUUCACAACUAUCAGCAAAUGAUGGCCAACUAGAAUCGACAUCGCUGUCUGCCAUGUUUGCUAGUCUACAGUCAGAAAGAGAGAGUGCAGUAGAGGCAAAACGGUUAAUGAAGCAAAACAUGGUGCAUGCAGAUGAACGGGUACAUGCAGCCAACCAACAAACAGCACUUGUGAAGAAUGAAUUGGGGCAGCUUCAGUUGCGGAUUUUGGAUAUUGAAGCCAAACGGAAAGACAGUACCACUGUGUUGGAAAAGUCAGAAGCAUUUGCCACUGCAUGCUUGCAAAAACAAGCUAUGCUUGAGAAGGAAAUUGGCAACCUACAGAAUAGGCACGCAUUCAAGCUCCACUUGCUUUCACAUGAUCUAGAGCAGGUUCAAAGUGAGCUUGAAAAUGAAAGGGGGGAGAAUAGUAAAUUCGCAGAAAAGAUAGGCAACCCUGCCAGCGAUAUGAAGGCCAAGAUUGAGCUGCUACAAUUACAAUUGAAAAUGAAAGAAUCCACUCUGAAAAGAAGAGAAGAUGAGAUUUCAGAUCUCCAGAGUCUUUUGAAAGAAAAUAUGUCAACCUCGGAAUGGUCGUUGGUUGCAGUGGAAGCACUUGAUUCCAGCAGCCGGAUGACACUGGGUAAAGGUGCAUCAUCAGUUGGGAAAAUAUACCGUUCCAAGUAUUAUUCCAUGCCAUCUCCCGUUAGAUCAGGGGACUUGAAUGCUAAGAUUGAGCUUGUCCAGUCGCAAUUGAAGAUAAAGGAAUCUACGUUGAAGAAAAAGCAAGAUGAGAUCAAUUGCCUACAAGACCUUUUGAAGGAAAAGGAAUCGAUCAUCAAGAACUACCCUGGUGAUGCUGCUCAAGACCAUGGCCAUAAAGUAGAAGAACUAGAAAGAGAGCUGAAAGAAAGCCAAAGUAAAAUUGAAACAAUUGCAGGGUCAAAACUGGAGUUAGAGAAGGCUGUAGCAUCUCUUAAACAACAUGCUAUUGAUGGUGAUUCUGCACCAGUCAAAAGAGACAGAUCAGGCCAGGACCAUGGAGUUUUCUCUUUCGGUUUCUUGGAGAAAAGCAAAAUGGAAAUCAAUCAGCCCCAUCAAAAUACCACCACAACAACAUCAGACACAUCUGGCACAAACCCUCGAUUUAGCCAACAACACUUGGCACAUGACUUGUUUGACGAAAUUGGAAUGUUACGCAUGCAACUGAGUGAUAUGAUGGAGCAAACUGAAUCGCUUGCCAGUGACUUGGAUGAAAAGGAUAUCGCACUGAAGCAUACAAACAUGCAAAUGCAACGUUUGCAAGACGAUAACAAAAGACUAAGAAUGGCAGUAGAGGCUAUUGGUGACAUGACACCGGGCGAAACAAUGGAAUCUCAUUCAACAGAAGUACCAGCCAUCUCAAUGAGCAAGAAAUUACACAGCGCUCAACAGAAGAUUGCCGCAAACAAGCUUCUCAUUACAUCACUACAAGAAGAAAUUGAUUUGGAAAAGCAUCGAUGCAAAGAAUUGGAAGUGCUGGUCAGUGAAAAAGACUCUGAUUCAAGUGCCUGUGUCUUGGAAUCCCAUUCAUCAUCAACUGGAGAAAAGUCUGAAAGCAUCAUCAUUGAAGACUUUCAAGGCUGGCAGCUUGCACAAUCGAAACCAAGGCACUUUGACCCAUUGGACAAAGGUGAAGCCAAGACAACCAUUGGGAAUGAGAAGCUAGUCAGCCCAGAAAUCCACCUUGAUGGCAAAAUUGUUGAGCUGCGGCAUUCAACAUGUAAGAAGGACGAGAUCAUUGAAAUGCUCCGAUCUAAACAAAGAGAGCAGGAAGCCUUAAUAUCGCUACUGAACAAAGCUUUGAAUGAAAAGGAUGCAAAGAUCACUAGACUUGAACGGCUCCUUGCAGAAAAGCACAGCAAUGUUCACAUUGUCAAAGAACUUGAAGAAAACGAGUUGACCAUAGAUUCUUUGGUGUUGAUUCGCAGCGAAAAGGACACAGAAAUCAAAAAAUUGAAGGGAAAGCUUGAUCAUUUGGAAAACAAACUCAAGGACUUUGAUGAAACAAAGUACCAACUUCGUCACAGAACUGAGGAGAUUGCUGAAAAAGAAACAAAGAUACACCAGUUGAAGGCAGAGCUUGAAGAUGAGUCCAAACGUGUGAAAGAUAUUCUGGAUGAUCGCCAAGAGCAACUUGAGCGAGUCAGGGAGGAAAAGAUGCAUUUACGUCUGGAUCUCCAAGACCAUUCUCGGAAGUUCAAAAUCAAGCUCAAAGAAAAAGAAGAAUUGAUCAAAUCUAUUCACUCUGAAGCUACUGAACAAGGUCUGCUGAUUGAUUCUCUGGACACCUCCUUGAUGGAAGCAAAUAAGCGGUUGCAGCAGUUGGAAUCUGAUUACAAACAGCAAACUGCAGAGAGCACCAGCUUGGCUAUGAAGCUUGAACAGGUGGCACAAGAGAAGGCAACUUUAAUAGAAGAUCAUAAGGAAAAAGAUGUUUUGAUUCGAAUGCUAAAUGAAGCUCGACUUGAUGGUGAGAAGGUCAUUGAAGAACUGACCAAGCCCAAGCAAGAAACCAAUCGUCAAAAGAUUUUGCGGCGUUACAAACAGAUGCAAGCGGAAGAAGGCGUCUCAAGCCUAGAUACAUACAUGGAACCCUUUGUGUUGGAUCUUCAACAAGCUCAAACCGAAUACCAAUUAGCACGCAAGAACCUUCGUUUGGCAAAAGCUAGAGAGCGACUGAUUCGGCCCAGAGUAUAA